CGCCGGUCAGCCGGCCCGGGCGGGCGCCCACUCCUCCCGCGGAGCCCGCAACACCUUUUCUCCCUGCGCCCGCGUUUUCUCCGGCUUGGCUUCUGUGGACUUUGCUAAUCGUCCAGACCGCAUCUGGACGCUCCGGCUAAGGGGCUGCACAAAGCUUAGGUUUCCUUCAGGGGCUCAAGGCGAGAGGGGCUUGUCGGGCCGAGUUCAGCGGAAUAGCGGGAUGGAAGUUAGCGAAAUUUAGGCAACUUGCCUUCGCUGCCCGGUGGACCUCAGCUCUCUCAGCCCUCCCCCCACGCGCGCACACACACGCCCCCCCACAUACACACCCCCACACACCCCUCUCCCUAUAAAUGAGGGAGGUCGGGCAGCCAGCGGAGUCCUGCCUCACUGAGCGUUGGACUUAGGAGUCAGACCUGGCUGCGAAUCCCUGCUCUACCACUUUCUAGCGCUGUGACCUUGGUUUUCAGGUGGCGAAACUGAACGCGCCCAAGCCAAGCCGCAGUGCUGUUUGGAUUUUUAAAUUUCUCCUUCUGAGUGAGAAAAUAAUCGAGAUGGAGCCAUCCGCACAACAGCUCCAGCUGGCAGCAGCAACCCAGGCCAGUUUAUCUGACUUCUGCCAAGGCUCUGAAAUGCCAACUAUGUCAAGGCCUGCGCUUGAUGUCCAGGGUGGCGCCUCACCUGCAAAGGAGGAUGCCAACCCCGAGAUGAGCUCGCUGGCCUACUCUGAGCUGGGAGUGAAGGAUCGCAAAGCAGUGGCCAUUCUACACUACCCCGGGGGGGCCUCCAAUGGCACCAAGGCCAGUGUGGCUCCUGCUGGUUCCUCGGGGUCUCCACCUGCGGCAGGCUCUCCUGCUGCUGCCCCACCCACUAAGCCCCCACCCUUUAAUGUGCACCCUGCCCCUCACCUGCUGGCCAGUAUGCAGCUGCAGAAACUUAAUAGCCAGUAUCAUGGGGUGGCUGCUACCACCCCGAGCCAAUCUGGAGAGGCAGGGGCCCUGCAAAACUGGGGCUGUGAGGCUCAGGUGGGAGGAGCCGAGUCACUUCCCCCUCCUGCCGCUGGGGCCCAGAAUCCCGCUAUCAUUGAUUCUGACCCGGUGGAUGAGGAGGUGCUGAUGUCGCUGGUGGUGGAACUGGGACUGGACCGGGCCAAUGAGCUUCCAGAGCUGUGGCUGGGGCAGAAUGAGUUUGACUUCACUGCGGACUUUCCGACUGGUUGCUGAUGCCAAGUGCUCCCUAAUUAUGGAGGAAUAAAGCCACCGAUUCUGUUGUAAAUAAAAAUAAAAGUUACUUGCAAAGAUA